AUUCCUCAGCAUCGAAUUCAGCUCGCCAUCCCCCGACCGCUGCUGUAACCCAUCGGACGAGCUACAAACACGUCGGACAGAACUGCAGUCAGCCAUUUGAGUCAAGGCGCAAUGGACCCUGCAAGCAUGCAGGUAACAGGUCAACCCAAACUGCACCAGCAGCAGCAGACGGCUCAAUCUUCGCAAUCACAGAAUCCGCGCAAAUACGACGGCAAGAACGGCAAUCCCAAUUACGAUACGGACAAUGGUGGUCACUAUGGUGCAAGUCAACAAAUCGCCUUAUCUGGGCACGCUCCCAAUCCCGAAGUAUUUACCGGACACUGGGCAAACGUCAACCAAGGUCUUACUGGCCACUACCGCGACAUCCUCAACACGUACUGGCAACAACAAGUCACGAAGCUCGAAACCGACGAGCACGACUACAAGAUCCACCAGCUCCCCCUCGCGCGCAUCAAGAAAGUCAUGAAAGCCGACCCGGAAGUCAAGAUGAUCUCCGCUGAAGCGCCCAUCCUCUUCGCCAAAGGCUGCGACAUCUUCAUCACCGAACUCACCAUGCGCGCGUGGAUCCACGCCGAGGAAAACAAGCGCCGCACCCUCCAACGCUCCGACAUCGCCUCCGCCCUCGCCAAAUCCGACAUGUUCGACUUCCUCAUCGACAUCGUCCCCCGCGAGGAGGCCACCUCCCACAAACGCUCCCACGCCGCCGCCCAGGCCGCCGCCCAGCACCCCUCCCAGCACGACCAGUCCGCGCACGCCGCCGCCGGCGGGCACCCGAACACGCAUCCGAGGCAGGGCAUCGUCCCCCCGCAGGCCGUCGCGCAGCAGACCGGCGUGCAUCCGCCGCCGCCGCAUCAGAUGCCGCCGCCGGAGUACGCGAUGCCGGCGCAUUUGCAGCCUGACCAGGAGUAUCGGCAAGCACCGGGGAUGUAUGGAGCGCCGCAGGCAGUGCAGGGUGAUCCGGGGGCGCCGUAUGGGCAACAGGGGAUGGGGUUUGAUCACCAGGUGUAUGGGUAUGGGAUGCCGCCGCAGCAGGUGAGUGGAGAUAAGGGUGGGUAGGAAAUGGCACCGCUGAUGUGAUUUGUAGCAUUGAGUCGAUUCCGGGAGAUGGGAUGUAAGCAGGAAGGGGGAUGUGGGAUGAGUGGCAUGGAGUUCUCUGGAAUGGAGUAGCUGUCGUUAUCCAUACCUGACUUUGGUACUCACCGCGAUGAAAAUGACGAGGGAAAAUCAGUAGCAUGAUGGAGGGAAUUCAAGAGGUCGAGACUGGGUUUUCUUUUAUUUCAUUCCCAGUCAAGUUCUGGGACGGCGCCUUUCACUUCGCGAUGGUCAGAUUGGAGUAUAUAGGUCGUAUUAGAGGCGUUCGGACCUCGUUAAUGACAUUGCAUGAGUGUACAUGCAAAUGAAUUUCGUCCAAACUCAAACCCAUCAUUUUCUACGAAGCUUAAGGUAGUAUGUAAUAUACAUAGUUAAUCG